AUGAAAAGACUUCACAGUGAUAAUACUAAUAAGAGUAGCGAAACAAACGGCUCCAAAAUAUUGGAUGAAAUGGGAGGUGAAAAUCGCGCAAUAAUCUGGAAAAACAUAAAUACGCGUCUUGAGUCUAUUUUCGGGUCAGAUAAGUACCCUGUAGAGCUAUGGAAAGAAAAGGCCGAAAAUACUUUUGCUAGUAUUAUUCAAAGAGCCAGAGGUUGCGAGAAAAAAAGUGAAACGAGAAAAAAAAAUGUCGAUAACAAAAGAAAAAAAAUUUUAACAGCAAAUAAUAACUCGGCACAUAAUGAUGAUGAAGACCCAGUAGAUAAUAAUGAAGCCUGA